AUGACGUCACCAAUGACGUCACUCCCGGCAGGUUUCGCCUUCCCCGAGUGGGCGUACGAGGCCGAGUCCAGCCCGGGAUUCGCCUUCCCCGAGUGGGCGUACAAGGCCGAGUCGAGCCCCGGCUCGCGGCAGAUCCAGCUGUGGCACUUCAUCCUGGAGCUGCUGCGGCAGGAGCAGUACCGCGAGGUCAUCGCCUGGCAGGGCGACUACGGCGAGUUCGUCAUCAAGGACCCCGACGAGGUGGCGCGGCUCUGGGGCGUGCGCAAGUGCAAGCCGCACAUGAACUACGACAAGCUCAGCCGCGCACUCAGGUAA